AUGGGGCUUCGGGGCAAUAGGGGAUCAUGGGGCCCCUGUGUCCUUGCCCAAACUCAAAAAAGCCUAUGAAAAAGGAUCAGCAUCACAUUUACAGCAGGAUCCUCCCUUACAACAAAAUCCCUAGCAUUCCAUCAAUAAAUUAGAGUCUGCAGAGUCCCCCCCAGGGGCGGACUGACAACUCAUGGGGCCCCCGGGCAAUAGGGGAUCAUGGGGCCCCUUUGUCCUUGCCCAAACUCAAAAAAAGCCUAUGAAAAAGGUACCAGGGGUAUCUCAUGGGGCCCCCUACUGACCCCGAGCCCUCAGGCAGUGCCCGAGUUUCCAAAUGGUCAGUCCGCCCCUGGUCCCCUC